AUGAUGCUAACGUACUUUAAGCGCGGACGAUCCGACCUCCAUCGCCUGGCCAUUCUGGCAAGGCCGCACUUGCCUCCCAACAGGCUUGCUAUCAACUUUGCACGCAAUUCCAAUAUUCGCCUUGUCGUCAAGAAUACCGGCCAUGACUUCGGCGGAAGAUCGACUGGUGCCGGCGCUCUCAGCAUUUGGACGCACAACUUGAAAGAGUUGAAGCUGAUUGAUGAGUAUACCACACCGUCAUAUAGCGGCAAAGCAAUUCAAAUUGGAGCGGGCAUCCAAGUCGAGGAGCUGUACGAAUUUGCAGAAGCGAACGGCGUCACAGCCAUGGGAGGCGAAUGUCACACAGUUGGCGUAGCCGGCGGCUACAUCCUCGGCGGCGGCCACUCGCCGCUCUCCAGCAUCUACGGCAUGGCAGCCGACCACGUCCUCUCCCUCAACGUCGUCCUCCCCUCCGGCCACUUCGUCACCGCGUCCGAAACCAGCAACCCAUCCCUCUUCUGGGCGCUCCGCGGCGGCGGCGGCUCGACCUUCGGCAUCGUAACCUCCAUCGUCGUCAAAGCCUUCCCCGCCAUCCCAGUCACGAUCUCGCAAUUCUCCUUCUCGACAGGCCCCAACGUAACCGCCGACCUAUUCUGGCAAGGCGUGCGCGCCUACUUCUCCUACUUCCUCGACCACCCGGACGCAGGCAUCUACGCCUACUGGUGGGUCCUCCCACUAGGAAACUCAUCCUACCUCUUCCAGCUCCGCCCUUUCUUCGCACCCAACCACACCAUCGCCUCGACGACCGCCCUCCUCGCCCCCUGGCUCGCCGACCUCGCCGCCCUCGGCAUCCCCCACACAGCCCCCAACACGACGUACCACCCCUCCUUCCUCGCCGCGUGGCGCGCCGGCUUCGACGUCGAGGGCGUCGGCACCGUGUCCGGCCGCAGCGGAUCGCGCCUGUUCCCGCGGUCCUCGUUCGCGACGGACGACGCGCGCGACGCCACCUUCCGCGCGCUGCGCGAGACGACUGAAGCGGGCAGCGUGCUGUUGGCGUUCAACAUGAAGAACGGUGCGCCUGCAGAAACGCCCAGUUCGGCGGUCAACCCGCACUGGCGCUCCAGCUACCUGCACGCGUGCGUCGCGACCGGGUGGGCCGCAGACGCGUCGGUCGAGGAGGUCAGGGAGGCGUUUCCGUACCUGACGGACGGGGUGCUGGCGCGGUGGCGCGCGGUGAACCCGACGGGCGGCGCGUACGCGAACGAGGCGGAUGUGGCGGAGCCGGCGUGGCAGGAGGCGUUUUGGGGGGGCAGCUACGAGAGGUUGGCGAGGUUGAAGGGGGAGGUCGAUCCGUGGGAUGUGUUUUACGCGACGACGGCGGUGGGGAGCGAGGGGUGGGAGGUGAGGACGGGCGAUGGGUUGGUGACGCAGGAUGGGAGGUUGUGUCGAAGGGGGGAGGAGUAG